GUAAUGUUUUCUUUGUGACUGUUGGGGGAAGCACUGUGUCGCCGUUGCCACGAAGUACAGAUUAAAAGCAUACAAAGAAGAAGACGGAAAGGAAAAACGGCACAAAAAUUGUCAAGCAGACCGAUGGAGCGUGCGGUUCAUCCAAAACAAACCGACUGAUUAGCUUCGUCGAAAUACUUAAACCAGCUCAUAUUUGCAGCUGGGUUGCUGCCAUUUAGUGUAAAAAUACAAAUAAAUGUAUACACAGGGAUGGAUGAAGUUGUGAUGGAAUCCGCUGAAGGUUGUGGAUGUGAAGCUCAGCUCGGUGUAGCUGAAGCUUGGGAAAACGUCACAGCAGCUCUGUUGUCUCCAGGUGGCAGCCCGAAGAAUUACGAGCUGUCGGCCAGUGUGGAGGUGUUGUGCAGUCAGGGCGCUGCUCAGCUUCUGGCCAGUUGGCUGCUGGAGACACUGCAGAUGCGUCUGUCCUCCUCUGUGGUUCCUGAGUUCUGGUGCGGACUCAAGCAGGUGGAGAAUGAAGUGGAUGAGAGGGGUCGGGUCUGGGUUCUCCUCACUACUUUCCGGACGCUACUGGAACGAUUGGAGCCGUUUUUGGUGGGCUUGGAACGUUUGGGGCCGUGGCAAGAUGAGGGCCAGGCAGAUGUUUGUGGCCCUGGGCCUCUCGGCCUCCAGGAGCGAGCCUUCACCAUCAUCAGGGGCCUCCUCCUCUUCCCGCCCUCACAGCUUCUACAAGAUCGCGUGCUGGACUUCUACAGCAGAACCUUUUCCGUCUACAUCGCACGGAAGGGCCACGCCCACGGGGACGGCGAGGCCCGCGCCCAAGGUUCCGAGGACCCGGAGGGAACGAACGCCUGCGGCGGAUGCGGGGUGCCCAUUGACGAGUGUUGGUGCCAGGAGGCUCUCAAAAAUCUGCAGGAGCUCGGCCACAUCCUGUCCAGGGUUGAGCUCCUGGAGUGGGUUAGCUGCGAUGCAGUCACGUCCAUUCUGCACCGCCUCAUCGAGCAGUGGCUGGAGCAGCACUGCCGCGGCGAGUACGAGAGAUCCUUCCUGGAUGACUUCCAACAGUGGUUGGAGCUGGUGGUGGGCUGGUUAGGUCAGGUGUUCUACAAUCAGGAGGUCCACGAUGGUCCCCCGGGUCACGCCGCCCCGGCGAGCUCGGUGCUGAAGCAGUGGCGAUGUCAUAUGCAUCAGUUCUUCUGCAGGAUCUAUGUCAACAUGAGGAUCGACGAACUGUUCAGCAUCAUCAGAGACUUCCCAGAGUCCAAAGCUGCAAUUGAAGAUCUCAAGUUCUGUUUAGAAAGAACCAACCAGCGCCAGCAGCUCCUCACGUCACUCAAGUCUACUUUUGAGAAUCGCCUGCUGCACCCGGGCGUCCACACGUCAGACAUCCUCACCGUUUACAUCUCGGCCAUCAAGACCCUUCGAGAACUGGACCCGUCUAUGGUGCUUUUGCAGGUCGCCUGCCAGCCCAUCAGGAAGUAUCUCAGGACCCGUGAGGACACGGUGCGUCAGAUCGUGGAUGGCUUGACGGGCGACGCGGUGACGGGCUGCACCGACCUGGCGUCGGAGCUUUCCCGAGGCGACCCCGUCACGCUGGAGAUGCAGGACAGCGACGAGGAAGGCGGCGACCCAGAGGGCUGGACCCCCGACCCCACCGAUGCCCUGGCAGACAAGUCAGGCUCCAAGCGGCGCUCGUCGGACAUCAUCAGCUUGCUAGUGAGCAUCUACGGCAGCAAGGAAAUCUUCAUCAACGAGUACCGCACUGUGCUAGCCGACAGGCUGCUCUACCAGCUCAACUACAACACCGCCAGGGAAAUCAGGAAUGUGGAGCUGCUGAAACUUCGCUUUGGAGAGUCGCACAUGCACUACUGUGAGGUCAUGCUCAAGGACAUGGCUGACUCCCGCCGCAUCAACAGUAACAUCUGCGAGGAGGAAGAGGAGGAGCCACGGCAGGAAGGGGCAGAGCCUCGGCCACCCCAGUGGCUGUCGGCCAUCAUUCUGUCGUCGGAGUUUUGGCCGCAGCUGAAGGAGGAAAAGAUGGAGAUGCCCGCCGUCGUGCGACGCGCCACCGACGACUACACGCGACGAUACGAGAAGCUCAAGGCCAUGCGGACUCUGAGCUGGAAGCCUCACUUGGGCUCGGUCACACUGGAUGUGGAGCUGGAGGACAGAACCAUCAGCAAUGUCACUGUGUCACCGCUGCACGCCGCCAUCAUCCUGCACUUCCAGGAUAAAAGUAGUUGGACCCUGGAGGAGCUGAGCGCCGCGCUGAGCGUGCCCAAGGAGGCGGUGCACAGGAAGUUGGCGCUGUGGCAGCAGCACGGCGUCCUGCGCGAGGAAAGCGCCGGCCGCUACACGGUGCUGGAGACGGCGUCCUCCUGCAAAGACAAGAUGGAGCGAGGCGCCGUCAUGAUGAUCGACAGCGACGACGAACACGACUCCAACACCACCACGCAGACGCAGCAGAGGGAGGAGAAGAUGCAGCUGUUCUGGGCGUACAUUCAGGCGAUGCUGACCAACCUGGACAGCAUGACGCUCGAGCGCAUCCACUCCAUGCUGCGGAUGUUCGUGGUGUCGGGACCCACCGUCACGGAGAUGGACGCCGCCGAGCUGGAGGCCUUCCUGCAGCGCAAGGUCCGCGAGCAACAGCUUAUCCACUCCGCCGGCGUCUACAGGCUGCCCAAGACCGCCUGACCAAAAAGGGGGGCCCGCCAAGCUCACGCCCCAUUGGCAGAUCGGGAUUCCUACAACUGCACGAGCUCAUUUUUCCCCAGAUAUGUCACUUGGCCCCGUUUUUUUUCUUGAGACAAGAGGAUUGUUUUCAUCCCUCGGGCAAGAUCAAUUGGCAGUGCCAAUCAAGGAAGGAAGGACCGUUCAUUAGGCACACUGCUGUUUGGUGGAGAACAAACGUCGCCAACUGGCUGUUAGGACAAUAUUGUGGAGUCAAAAUGCACAUUUACAACACAAAUAGAUGUGUUUUGGUGGCUGGAACAGACCAAUUGAUUGGAUUUUAUUUGAUUGCGGAGGGGAAAGGUGAUUUGAUAAAAACAAAUGAAACUCGCUAACAUUUCAGUUGUUCAUGGUUAAGCAUUUGUCAAGUGGCAGAUGUUUUUCUGGGGGGUUUGGGGGGGGGCAAUAUUCUACAUUUAUUGUUUUGGCCCUUUGCAAUGAAAGUAGUAUGUUGAAGUGAGUUGAGGAGCUUGAUGUGGUACUUUACCGCCAUCUUGUGGCAAUUAAACAGCUGCAUCAAUCACUCUGAUUUUGGCUGCAUACAAGCACUGGUCAAUGUAAUGUUUCAUAUUUGUCAAAAGUCAAGAACAAUUGCAAUUUUGUUUUAAGAAUAAAUCCGUUAAGCAAGAAAUGGCAUUGCCAUGUUUUGCUGCAACUCCUCCUCCAGUUGAUGUCAAUGUGCAGGGACCCGGAGGUUUUAGCAUGUGGUGAACAUCUUACAUUGUCCCAAAUCAUUUUGGGUUGAAGACUUUAUUUGUACAUUUGCUAGGCAACAGAGUUACAUUUUUAAAAAAAUACCUUUAACACACAUUUAAGCCACUGAUCAUGUUUGGGUUAGUGUGACCGCAGUUAAGACAAUAAGUUCAAAUAAAAUCUGUUUGUCUUCGUUCUAGCGCUGUCCUCUUUGUCCUUUUACAAGCGCAACAAUACAAAUGUGUCGGCGCCAGCUUCGGGUUGAUUUGACCCUGCGCAGAGCCAGGAAGACAGACGUGCGCUUUGGUUCACAUUGAACAAAACAAUACAACAAAACAAAUGUGUACUAGGGCCACACUGACAGGACGUCGCACCACCUGACUAAAUCUGCGACAGUACAAAAAGAAAAUAAGAUUGUCCAGACAA